GCUGGUCCUCUGAAACACACAGCCUGAGGGAGGCGUCGCAGCAAACUCCACAAAAGUGACAGUCAAGAUGUGGCUGAGGCUACUGGGAUCAUUCUUCCUACUGGUGGGUGUGGCCUUCGCUGUCCCUGCUCAGGAGAAGCGCAUUCAUCGCCAUGGCGACCUGAGCGAUCAUGCCCAUGAUGACUCCCAUGGGUUCCAGUAUGACCAUGAGGCCUUCCUGGGCAAAGAGGAGGCCAAGACCUUUGACCAGCUCACCCCCGAGGAGAGCAAAGACAGGCUGGCGAAGAUUGUAGACCGCAUAGACACCGACAAGGAUGGAUAUGUCAGCCAUUCGGAGCUGCACUACUGGAUCAAGCACCGUCAGAGGAGGUACAUUGAGGAGAAUGUGAACAAACACUGGAAGGAGUACGACCAGAACAAUGAUGGCAAGAUAGCCUGGGAGGAGUACAAGAACACCACCUAUGGCUACUACCUAGACGAGGAGUUUGAUGACGUGGAUGACAAGGCCACCUACAAGGCCAUGCUUACCCGUGACGAGAGGCGCUUCAAGAUGGCUGACCGGGACGGCGAUGGUAUCGCCACACGACAGGAGUUCACUGCCUUCCUGCACCCCGAGGAGUAUGACCACAUGAGGGACAUUGUGGUGCAGGAAACGGUGGAUGACAUUGAUAAGAACGGGGAUGGGAAGAUCAACUUAGAUGAAUACAUCGGUGACAUGUACACGCCGGAGGACGGGGAAAGUGAACCUGACUGGGUCCAGACAGAGAAGAAACAGUUCAAGGAGUUCAGAGAUGCCAACAAGGACGGCUAUCUGGAUGCAAAUGAGGUGGCCCACUGGAUAUUGCCGGGAGAAGUUGACCACGCUGAAAACGAAGCCAGACACUUGAUUCACGAGACAGACACCGACAAGGACGAGAAAAUAACCAAGAAGGAGAUUCUUGCCAACUGGAACAUGUUUGUGGGCAGCCAGGCAACCAAUUACGGGGAGGACUUAACGAAGAGACAUGACGAACUUUGAUGUCAUGGUCCCAGAGGACAUUGGGUUUAGAGGGGGUUUUAUAUUUUCAUAUACAAUGGAGAAAGCUGUUACAGUGGUCCGGGUGGGGGGGUUGACUGUGGGGUAGGAGUCAUAUCAGCACUGCUAAGUUUAGGGAUCAUAUUUAUACAGUCAUCUAUGGCACACACAUUGCUUUUUGAGGUAAUGGGAGAGUGGAGUUAACUGUUUACAUAUGCACACACACAAACAAGCAGUGCACUUUCGCACAGGUACGUCCAUUCAAAUUUAAAUUCAUCGCGCGAGCACACAUUGCGUUCAGUGAGAUUAUCUUACACACACACAUUAAUUAAAGCCAUCACAAGACCAGCGUACACUCGGUCUACAAACUCUUCUUGGAGAAUAGUCUUAUAGAUGUCCUCAAUCAUACGAGGGUCUAUUUGUCAGAAGGGGUUCUGUUUUCUGAAGCCAGGAUGUGUAUGAAAGACUACAAGGAAUACAAGGAGAAAAGAAAAAAGGAAAUAAGGGACGGGGCUGAACAGAGGAGAUAAGUGUAUUAUUGUACACUGCUGAAUGGUGAAAAAAAUUAAUCAGGGCAUGGUUCACAAAAAUUUGCCUGUGAAUAUGAAAUAAAGCCAUGUUGAUUUUUCUAC